AUGGCUGAACUACAACCACUGACGGCGACCCUAACUGGGCUCCUUGCUCAAGCUGAACCCAAAGCCGGAGAUCCGUCUGACCUCAAGCCUCUUAGUUGUACACACUGUCGACAACGAAAAAUUAAGUGUGAUAAGUCCAAUCCGUGCUCUGCCUGCAAGCGAUCAGGCACUGACUGCGUAUUCCCGAAACGAAUUCGUGUCCCGAGAGGGCGACAAGGGGUUAGAAACUCCAAACCCAGAGACGACGAGCUUCUCCGACGUAUUGGAAAGCUUGAAGCUCUUGUCGAAAAGAUGGGAGGGGACAUUGCAACCCCUUUGACAUCUGGAGAGUCUAAUGGCCGACAGACCACCUCUUCAUCUGACUUUACCCCUUCUAUCUCGGGCGACAAGGAGAGCAGUAAUCUUCAAGCUCCAGCCACGGGAAAGACGACGCUUCUUGAGAAGAAAUAUCUCAGAGGCGACUUUUGGGCAAACCUGGGAGGAGAAGUCGAUGGGCUACGCUGUUUGCUCGAACGGCCUUCAGACGAUGAUGACGACGACAACGAAGAAGUCGUGGAAUCCGCUCAGUUAACUACUGGUCCAACGAACCAUUCGUCACCACUUAAUUUCGUCUUUCAUGAAGCUGAAAGCCGCCCAGAACAUGUGGAUUUUCCAAUAACAUACCAUCACUUCAAGGCCCUUACCAACACUUAUUUUACGAAUGUCGAUCCAAUUUUCAAAAUUCUUCACAGACCAACGACCCUCUCUUCUAUAGCUGCUGGUACGAGCGACUUUUCUGCGCCGCCAAAUAACGGUGUAAUCGAGCUACUGAUGCUAUGCAUGUAUUUCGCUGCAGUCUCGUCACUGUCGCCAGAGGAGUGUCAGCAGACAUACCAUCAAGACUCUCAGACCUUGCUUGCCAAGUUCAGACAUCGUGCAGAGCUCGCCUUUGCACGAGAGAAUCUUCUUGAUACAAAUGAAUUUACAGUUCUGCAGGCGUUCGCCCUCUACCUUAUUGCACUACGAGUACACAGCAAAACCCGGUCCACGUGGACUCUUUUUGCACUCGUACUCAGAAUUGCUCAGUCAUUUGAAAUACACAAAGAUGCCGGUGGCACCAACCUAUCAUUUUUUGAGACUCAGCAAAGGAGUCUCCUCUGGUGGCAAAUCAUGGUUCUUGACCUUCGCUGCGCGGAAGACCGAGGUACUCAGCCAAUGAUAUUUGAUGGCUCCUUCGACACUUCUAUGCCUCUCAAUAUUAACGACGACGACUAUGGGCCCGAAACAAGUGAGCCCUUUCCGGAAUUUCCGGGUUUGACAGACAUGACCCUGAGCCAUGUCACUCAUAAAUUGGCAUUUACGUUCCGAAAGCUUCUAUUUCCCAGCCAUAUCAGUGUCACGGAGAAAGAACAGAUGAUCAAAAGCUUGAGCCUUGAAUUUGAGUCGCUCUACUUUCAGAAGUGUGACACAAACGUUCCCAUUCAGUGGUUUCUCUCAAUGACUGGACGAUUAUUAAUACUCAAGAUGUGGCUAUCACUGAGAUAUCCGCUUCGAGCUCGAGAUCAACCAAUAUACGCGAAUGUGACGCAAGAUCAGACUCUUCGCACGGCGGUCUCGAUCCUCGAAAUUAUGAUGAACCUAUACGAGAACAAUCCGAAGAGCUCCUAUUUCAAGUGGGUCGGAAGAACAUGGGUGCAGUGGCAUCCACUGGCCGCUAUAUUGACCGAACUUUGCAUUCAAACAGAAGGACCGUUAGUAGACAGAGCAUGGGCUGUGGUGGAAAGUAUUUGGAAUAAGUAUGGGGAACGAGUUGCCGAUACCGAGGGAAAAAUAUUGUGGAAACCGAUCAAGAGGCUGCUGAAGAAGGCACAAGCUGCAUACCAAGAAGCGGCAACCAAGAGAGAGGUCCAAAUCGGAGACAUAGCCGCUCAGGGUGUUGCACAGCCUCUUCCGGGCCCUGUGUUUGAUCUUAGUCAAAUGGCGAUCAAUGAAUACAACUCAUCACUGCUGUUUGACAGCUGCGCUCCGGUUGAUCCACAGGUGCCUCCAGGGUACAACUUUGAUACACCUUACAACAUGAUUCCAAUUCCGCAGAACUCCAUCAAUACGGACUAUGGAGAUCAAAUCAACUGGGCAGAUUGGCAGCAAUUUCUGAUGUAUUCUGAAGCCUCAGAUUCGAUAGAGGAAAAUGAAUUUGAAGCAUGGCCACUUGCUUUUGAUGCUCCUUGA